CAUCAGAGAGACUACAGCCGCAGGCGCCAAUGCUUUGAAAAUCUAAAACAGGACGUGACGUCAAAUUUCGGAAGAAAAAAAAAUCCCAGAAGAUUCGUGUUAUUUCCGGACGCUUCUUGUCACAUCAGCUCGAUACAGCGUCCCACAGGCAGAGCAAUUGAAGUCAGUGGCCAUGGAUGAUGACUAUUACGUGAUUUUAGGGGUGCAGAGAAAUGCAUCUCCAGAUGACAUCAAAAAAGCUUACAGGAAACUGGCUCUCAAGUGGCACCCAGAUAAGAAUCCAGAUAACAAGGAAGGGGCAGAAAAGAAGUUUAAGCAGCUUUCAGAAGCUUAUGAAGUCCUUUCAGAUGCAAACAAAAGGAACGUAUACGAUCGAUAUGGAAAAGAAGGCUUAACUCCAGGUGGAGGAGGAGGAAGAGGACACUUUAAUAAUGACCACUUUGGAGGAUUCACAUUCCGCAAUCCAGAGGAUGUCUUCAGGGAAUUCUUUGGCGGUCAAGAUCCUUUUGCAGAUUUCUUUGGUGGAGAUCCAUUUAAUGAUGACUUCUUCGGUGGCGGUCGGCAGCACCACCACCACCACCAACACCACCACCACCACCAGCAGCGGGGCAUGAGCAGAAGCCGAACAGGAGGGUCCUUCUUUGGCGGCUUUGGGGGAUUCCCACCUUUUGGGGCAGGAUUUUCAUCUUUUGAUGCGGGUUUUUCUCCCUUUGGGCAUAUGGGAGGAGGAGGAUUAACUUCUUUCUCUUCAACUUCAUUUGGUGGAGGGGGAGGUGGCGGAGGCAUGGGCAGCUUCCGCUCUGUGUCAACCUCCACUAAAUUCAUCAAUGGCAGGAAGAUCACUACAAAAAGAAUCGUUGAGAACGGACAGGAACGUAUAGAAGUCGAAGAAGAUGGACAGUUAAAAUCUCUAACCAUAAAUGGAAAAGCCCAGGAGAUAGGCAUGCUGGAGGGUCACAGACAGAGGAAGGAGCUCCCUGACUCCUCUUCCUCCUCCUCCUCGCAUUCUGCAAGGCAGUCAGCUCAGAGAGAGGAGCAAAAUAAAACUACAGGCAAAGAGCAAACUGGAGUCAAGAGGAAGAGAAUGACGGUGAAGGGAGAGACCAAAAAGGCCAAAGAGUCCUAAAUUUGUCUCUUCAUCUCAACUUAUAGUACUGAUAGUCUGACAUGCUGUAGCUGUGCAUAUUCUGUGUUGAAAACUCGCUAGCAGUUUUGGUUUUGUUUAUUUUAUUUUAUUUGUUUGGAUGCAAAAGUAACAUUUAUUAGAAGUUUUUUAUGCUGAUACUAAUCGAUAACAAAUAGUAAAUCAUCUGCUCUGAAGAACUUUGACUGAUUUUAAAAAAUCAAAAUAAAAACCUGAAUUUGAAAAGAUUUAAUGAAAAUCUGUGCAACCAAGCAUUUCUCAUUCGCAUGAUCCAUGUGGUUUAUUAUUGAAUAAACAAAACACAAGCAACCUACAUGGAUUUUCAGUAAUAAAACCAGAACUGCCUUUGGUUGAAUUUAUGGUCAAACUUGAUAACAUUUAACUCGUUCGAUGUAAACACAAUGCUAGAUGCUUGGUAUUUGGUUCAGUCUUGGUUGUUGUAUAGAAGCAUAGUCAUACUAAAAAAAUACUAGCCAUAUUAUCAGUUUCAGACUAAAUACAACAAAUCUGUUAAAACAAUGGCUUGUACAUGCCGUUUUCGUGAAAUUGCAGUCUCCCUUCUUUCUGGCGAUCCCUGCCUUUAGCAGUGGACCCCAUUUGCUCCUGGUGAGAAACUUCUCUUUCAGCUCCUGAAAGACUUGGGGGUCCGUCAUGUUCCAUCUCAAUCUUCUGCUCUACAAGCUUUAGCAGGUUGUCUUCCUUUCCCAUGGUCAUGACGUCUCCUUCAGCCUGAGCAAAUUCACAGCACAUCCUCAGGCUAUGGUCUUUAGUAAGGUUAGAUGCCAUGCUGAAUUUAACAUGGUUAAAAACGAGGCAGUGAGGGAGAGACUUACAGUCUUGACAAUGACACACACAGUAUAAAGGUCCUAGAUCACGUUGUUUUCUCAACUCACAACUUUCAAUAACGUUUUAUGAAGUUUCUAUCUACAGAAAGCUUUUUUUCAAAGCUUUUUUGUCCCUCACAGCCUUGAUUUUAUUUUAAAAAUUAAAUAUGGUGCUACACUGCUAAGGUCUAUUGGAUUCAGAAGAUGAUUAAAUUAAAUUUGGCUAUAUAUGUUUUGUUGUCAGAUUGGUGUUACCUGUAUUUGUGUUUGGUUAACACCCGUUUCAGUGGAAUUAACUGAUGGAUGGUGGACUGAGAUGGGUCCUGAAUCUCUUCACCUCAUUCCCACCGAAAAACCAUACUUUCUGUUCACAAGGACAUCAAAUCUGCUUUAACAACUAAUGGAAAGUGCACUGAAAGGGGUGUUUUUUGGUUGUUUGUUUUUUACAUUGAACAUUAAAAAUAUUCAUCCUUUUUUAGAGAAACUGUUUUGUAGAGCUCUUCACAGAGAUCUAAUUUCGGUUAGUUCAUCAUUUCUGAAUUACUUUGUGUUCUGUAAAAUAUGUUUGAGUUUGCUGCUGUUAUUUGAAAGCAUUUGUUGUUUUACCAUCUUCUGCCCUUUGAAAGAGCCCAUUAUCUUAUCUUAUUAUUGGGUUUGACUGGUUGACCCUUCGACUGAGGAGGCAUCUGUUUUGGGAAUUCCUUGACUGUAACCUGGUCCAGCCGCUUCAUAAACCAUGAGGGAAGCCACUCCUCCAGAUUAGUGUGAAGUUCAGUCUGUGGAGAUCAUUGACAAUAAACCAUUGUUUUUA